AAGUGGUUGAGGGCAGUAUAAUUUCCGCUCCUCUACGAUAAGUCGCUCGAAGUGCAAAGUCGAGGCUCACGAACACUAAAAAGCCACGCUGCGGCUGGACGUAGCAGCUGAUCGACUACCACACCCAGCUGAGGGAAGGACUGCAGACGCCUCUUACGAUCAUUCGACAAUAUACGGUUUUCAGGUAGCACAUUGGCUUCCGUGGCUGACUGGCUUGUAGAAUGCGUCGAUGUCUAAUCUCGUACGAUCCUGCCGUGCGCUAUAAGAGACCCAGUUUCCCUCCUCGUCCGGUUGAAGCAUCAAAUCGUAACUCUCUAAAGGGACAGCUCGACCUACAAUUACGACUCUACCCGCCGGCGGCAGCGGCUACAAAAUACUCACGAUGAGCAAACAAGAACUCUGCGAUAACUUCUACAACAUUGAUAACUUGGUCACGAUCAGCCUCACCAUCCCGGACUCGGACUGGCAAGCCUUGAAGAACGCUGAGCCGCGAGGUGGACGCUGCAACUUCUCCUAUACCGGCGACCGCUAUGACUGGUUCAAAGCCACCUCGGUCACCGUGUCCGGCACCAAGUUCCCUAAACAGGGGACGUUCUCCAAUAUCGGGCUGAUCAAGAAGUCAUAUUGUGGAUCCUUCAGCACUAGCAAGCCCUCGCUGCGGCUAGACUUCUCGAAAUACGUGAAGGAGAAUGAGGACGCGAUUGAGGCACUGAUUGGAACGAAGGUCCUGACGCUGAAUAACAGCAAGCAGGAUUCAUCGUACGUCCGGCAGCCGCUGGGCUACGAACUGUUUCGUCAGGCAGGCCUUCCAUAUCCACGGUGCAACUUCGCAAAGGUCGUAGUCAACGGGACGACCCUGGGAGUCUACGUCAACCUAGAGCCCUUCAAGAAGCGCUUUUACCAGCACAAUUUCGCCGGCAAUGACAAGGGCAACGCGUACGAGCUGGAAGUCGGCGAAGACCUCGACACCGCCGUGAUAAACUCUGGCCGGAUUAGCUUCGAAGGACUCUCGCAGUACGAGGACAUGAAGGACAUCAAGCUCGCCGCCUCGCAGAUCGCAUCUGGGGGCUUGGCCGCUGCGCAGCAGGUCAUCGAUUGGGACCAGUUUUUGCGCUUCUUUGCCAUGGAGUCGUUGCUGAAGCACUGGGACGGGUAUACGCAGAACACGAACAACACGUAUAUCUACAACGACACGGUGGCUGUUGCGAAUCCGGCCGUUGUGAAUGUGAAGCUAAAGUUCAUCCCCUCGGGAAUCGACCAGAUCAUGCAGGAGGGAAGAGAUUUCGAGAUUGGCGGAAAGUCGGUGCUAGCAGGUCUGGUUCGCUCAGAUCAGUUCGAAAGGGCGAAGCUGUUCAAGGUGAUUCGGGACUUCGCGAAUACGAUCUUCAACACGGAGAACCACGACAAAGUCCUGACGCCGCUGAUCGGCCGCAUGGAGGCCUUGCUAACGACCGCCGGGGGUGUCAGCCCUGCCGGUCUGAGCGGCCCCAUCGGCGUCGUCAGGAAGCAGCUCAAACUUGUGAAGUCUGGAGCAUACCAGCUCAUCGGCGAGAUGCCUACGGAAUCGAUGCUGCUGCUUUCCAAGUCGACGGGCGACUGCAUCCACGCCAGCAACAGCGAAUUCAUCGGCAGCGUCCCCACACCCACCUCGCCCCAGGAAGUCUACCACUGCCCGCCCACCGGCGCCCUCGCCGACAGCUGGACCGCAUUGCCCGGCAGCCACGGCUUCACCAAGUUCAAGAAUCGCGCGUAUGGGACGUGGUUACAUUGCGAUGCGAAUGUCAAGACGCCGAGCGGGAAGCUGAAUGUGUAUGCGGCGCGGAAUGAUCCGGAUACUGGUAAUGAGUUUACAGUGUUGCCGACGGGUGUCCAGUCUGCGGAGGCGUGGCAUGCUAGCGGGUACUUUGCGUUGAAGAGUAAGGUGACGGGUCAGUUUGUGUAUUUCAGUGAGACGGAUUUGACGCCGAAGGGGAGGAAGGAGGUACAUCAGAUUGGGACUGAGGCGGGCGAGAGGGCUAUGUUCUUGUUUUGAGGGCUUGAAGCAUUGAGGAACACAUGUUUCGAAUCCUCUUCAGCGCCCGUCAAGACCAUGUUGGAUGCUCGUUGGAUAUGCGCUUGACACUGGGGCGUAUUCAGCUCCUUCUCGCACCCUCUUCGCUCUCACCUUCAAUGCCAACCCUUGGAAGCAUUCUGAUAG